AUGGUACGUCAACCUAAGAAGCUCACCGACUGCCCGGAAAAUCUCCGGGAGUCCAUCGACUGGUUGAUCCAGGUUAAGCAUGGGAAUGGUACCAAUGGUAAGGAUGGUCUUACCAGCUUGGCUGAAGCUUUGAAAAAGUUGAUUGGUGAUGCUAUUAAAAAGGCGAAUGAGAGUCUUAAAAAUAGAGAAGAUGAACUUAAAUGCGCUGAUAAAUACGAUAAUGAGCAUCACAACAAGCAUUGUAAGUCGCUUAAGGAUCAAAUUGCUACAGCCAAUGAACCUGAAAAAUCUAAAAAGAAAUCCGUCUUGAAGAAACAUUAUGAUGAAGUUCAUUACCUUACUGAAGAUGCUAGAAACAGAGCCUUGGGGGAUAUAACUGAAAGGCAGAAUAAACUUAAGGAGCUUACAAAAAAUCUUGAAGCUUUUAUUGGACAAGAAAAUGAUGGAAAUGAUAAUCCUGCAACAAAACUUUUAGAAAAUCUCACUGAAGGCUUGGAGAAGUUCCUUGGUUACCAAGAAACUUCCAAAGGCUACGAUGGCACCGGCAUCGUGUACUCGGACCUUGACAGGCUCUGCGACGGGGUGAUGGCUUUCCUUCAUGGAGUUCUCAGUGGAGUGAAGGGUGAGGAAAAUGUUAUUGGUUUUCCCCACCCCUUUUGUAUUUUUAUCGCCAAGCCCAGGGCCCAUCAAAUCCUUCAGUGUCAACAUGACAUCUUCAUCGCCUGUACUGCCUUCCAACACACCUCGGAGCUUCUUAAGUUCUCCUUUAAUUGCGUCAUUGGUGUCUCCAAUUGUUUCAGGUUGUGUACUAAAGGGUCCUUUUUGCAACUCACUAAUCACCUUUUGAAUCUGUUGAAGAUUGUCGCUAUAUCCAUUCUGAGUGUUACCAAUCUUUUUCCCCAACCGCCGCAAAUGGUCCAUGACGUCAAAUGGAUAGAGCUCAUGAUUUAUUUUGACUUUGAUUCUUGCAAGCUCCCAUACAAUGGCUUUUAUGGCAUCAUCGAUAUUCUUCGUUUCCUGCGGUAA